UGUGAGGUUGUGUUCGCUUGAUCGUUGUGCUUGCUUAUCAUUCAAAGUUAUCAUCAACGUGCUUUCGCGGAGCUUUCGUAGUCUUUUCGCAGAUGUUUCGUGCAAAAUAAAAAGUAAAUAUUACCCAUCACCGUUCGCGAAUCGAUUAUCGAACUCGGCCAGUCGGUUUCAACAAUGUCGUCCCUGGAGACGUUGUUCGCGGUUUUUAUUUCGAUCCUAAUAACACCAUUCCUGUUCUUCUUUCUCGGGAUCGUGUGUUUAGCCUCGAUCGGGAAAUCAAUUGGAUUACGACGUCUCUUCGCAAGUUUCCUGGUCAAAGUCUUCGAGUACGGGCGCUCCUGCAUCGAGAAAGACAAGAAAGCUCAGCGGGGCGCGAAGGUCCAGGCGGAGGCCCUAGCGGCGGCGGCGGCGGCGGCGAGGGCGGCCGCGGAGGACGACGGCGACGGGGACGGCGGUGGCGGAGGCGGAGGCGGAGGUUCGGCGGCGGCGUCGCCGGGGACGGAGGCGGUGGAGGUGCCGCGGAUCCUCGCGGAGGCGGCCGCCGGGGAGUCGGAGCUGGACGACUCGACCGUCUCCGAGACGAAGAUGGGCGAGAUCGUGCGGAACGGCUCGGUCGUCUCCACCAACUCGGUCAUCAGCCGCGAGGGGCUCAUCCUCGCCCCCGACCCGGAGUGUAACUCCAUCGGGAACAACCUCGAUGAUACAACCUCCAGCGGCAAACGACCUCUCUCACGAAGAUGCUCACUAGAUGAUCUGAAGAAAGAUUUCGGGUUGUCAGACGUUCUAGCUUUUGUACAAGCGGGAGUGGAAGCUAUCAUAGAAGAUCAAGUCACCUCUAGAUUCGAAGCAGAAGAAUUGAAAUCAUGGAAUCUUCUAACACGCACAAACAGACAUUAUGAAUUCAUCAGCUGGAGACUGACAAUAAUCUGGAUGAUCGGAUUCAUCUUUCGAUAUACUUUCUUAUUACCCACUAGGAUAUUAAUUUGCUUCUUUGGUGUAAUGUGGCUAACAAUAUGUACAGCAAUCGUGGGUUAUGUCCCUGAAGGCAAAUUCAAGCGUUGGCUCAACUACCAUGUCUCGAUAAUGUGUUUCCAAGUCUUGUCUAGUGCUAUCUCUGCUGUUAUCAACUACCACAAUCCAGAGAACAAGCCUAAAAAUGGGAUCUGCGUUGCUAAUCACACGUCUCCGAUAGAUGUGCUGGUCCUCGCCUGUGAUAACUGUUAUGCUCUGAUUGGCCAGUGCCAUGGAGGCUUCUUAGGAAUUUUGCAGCGAGCCUUGGCAAGAGCCUCGCCUCAUAUUUGGUUUGAAAGAUCUGAAGUUAAAGAUAGGGAGGCCGUAGCUCAAAGGUUAAGAGAACACGUAUCGAAUCCAAACAACCCCCCGAUUUUAAUUUUUCCUGAAGGAACAUGUAUAAAUAACACAUCUGUGAUGCAGUUUAAGAAAGGUAGCUUUGAAGUUGGCAGUGUUAUCUAUCCGGUUGCCAUCAAAUACGAUCCAAGAUUUGGGGAUGCCUUCUGGAAUAGCAGCAAAUACUCAAUGAUGCAGUACCUGUAUAUGAUGAUGACCAGCUGGGCAAUAGUCUGUGAUGUCUGGUACUUACCGCCCAUGUACCAGGAGCCUGAGGAAUCGGCAAUAGAUUUCGCUAACCGAGUGAAGAGAGUCAUUGCCAAACAGGGUGGCUUAGUCGACCUUAUGUGGGAUGGCCAGCUAAAGCGCAUGAAGGCAAAGAAAGAAUGGAAAGAAAAACAGCAAGAAGAAUACAGCAAACGUCUGAAAGUUGAGUAAAUGCGCAACGCUCUAUUCCAGUGAUAAAUGUGCCUGAAAACUAGUAUAAAGAAGUGUACAGUGUAUUUAUUUAUCGUUUUAUUUUAUUAUUUAUUCAGCUUCUUGUUUUGUUUGAUGUUUUCUUAAUUGUAUUUACUUACUGGUGGCCAGGUUGUGCCGAAAACUCACCAGACGUCACUCUCAUCCUUGAAAAGUUUCCUUACGUACCCUAUUAAAAUUUCGUAUAAGGGUAAACAAUGCGGGUUAAACAUAAUGAAUUGUUAAAGCUUUGCUUUGGCUUUAUUUUAUUUGUUUUUUUACUGUUAAGUCGAGUUAAAUUUCAAAAAUACUUCCAAAAAUGAGCAAUACUGUUGAAAUUACAAUGGCAAUUGUACUAAUAUUUUUCUUAGGGCUCAAGCGCCAAAAUCCAAUUUUCAAGGAAAACAAAAUAAGGUGUGUCAUUCGGCAUACGUUCUAUCUUUUGAGCCCAAAAAAUGUAUGUUACAAAAGAACCUACUUUAAAACUUGAAGCUCAGUUUCAAUUUGUAAUCUUUAUUCUUGAACAUUUUUUGGGCUGAAAGAUUGAACACACGUCAAAUGGGGUAUGUAUUCUCGUUUCCCUCAAAACUUGGAUAUAGCGCUCAGGACCUUUGCAAAAAUAUAAUUUCAAUUGUGAAAUUUUUUAUCAAGGAAUGUAACGAUCCUUAAUGUUUGGCUGAAGCUAUUUUUACUUUCUCUAUGUUUGUUUGUAGUAUGGUUUUUACAUAAUUUGUAUCCCUGUAAAGAGAGAAGAAUCCUUGCGUAUUUAAACCAAAAUUGAGAAGGGAAGUUCAUGAAUAAAUUGAGGCUCCAUCUCAGCUGAUAAUUAGAAAAAUGCAAGUUAGAAACUAGAACGAUCAACUUUCUUGCAUUCUUCUUUUAAUGGUCUGAAUUCAUUUUUUUUACCUAUCAAUAAUUGAAUUAUUUUAAUUGUCGACCUGGUGUAUUUUGAAAAAUUUUAAUUUUUUUGGCAAAUCUAGUUAAGUGAUAAAUCCGGUGAUUUUUGACAAAAUCUGAAAACCGUUCACUUUAGCAUCUACUUUUCUAUUGAUUUUUUAAACUUUUUCUAAUUGUUAACAUCUUUUUAACUCGAUUUUUUUAAUUCUGUAGUUUUAAUCCUCUUUUUAGUGUUUUCCCUGUUUCUGCAACUUGUAACUCUUGUAAAUUCAAACUCUCUUUUUAUAUUGCCCUCUCAGUUUGUAUAUAAUCUAGAAGUGUAGAUUAUCUAAUUUUUUUUAGCGCUGUUUUUGUUAGUCAUAUUUUUAUUGUUUUUAAUUUUGAUCAAGCUCAUUUAUCGGUGUCUUUUAUUUUUAGGAGGGCUGUUCAGAAGUCUUUUCCUUCACUAGGCAUAAUUUUUCUUCCAUAUGGUUGAGGAAAAAAUUAAGAAUUGAGGGCAUUUCUAGCUUAUUUGCUUUGGAUCCAUUCUGAUUUCUUGGCAAAUGACAAAAACUUUGCCGUACUUUUUCAGACUCAACAAGGUGAUUUUAAAAUCCUCUGCUAAAUCUCUCUCUAGAAUAUUUUGCUGAUUUUCUCUAUCGCUUUUGCUUUUAGAUCGUUCUAGCUUUCAAUUCAUUUAAAGUAACCCCAGAAUAUUUUGUAACUUUAGUGAACACCAAAUCUUUUCACUCAAUUUUAAUUUUUCGAAAGCUGGUUGCAAGCCAUUGUAAAGUUCUGAACAAAGUUGAGACCAUCUCUGGAAAAAGCCUUAUCAGCAAUAUUUAAUGAAGAAUUAUCAGCAUUUCUGGCUUAACAAUUUUUCUGCACUUUUAUCAUUCAACGUUAUUAAUUAAUUGUAAUUUAUUGUACUUGGAGCUCUUCUUUGUAGAUUUUUCAAACAUAUCAAAAAAUUGUAUUGAAGACUGGAAAACUCAAGAAAAUUGGUCAAUGAAUUGAAAAUUAUGGCUCUCACAAUGCGCACAAACUGAAUUUCUUUUGUUACUAUGUAUGGACGGUGAAAUUAGGUAGACAUGUAUUUCGAUUUACAGUGUUAAAAUCUCAUAUCGCUACCCUUUUUUUUACCCACUACGGUUAAUGGUUAUAUUUUUUAACCUAUUACGAUUAUUGCACAAAACUUCCUGUGACUCUGCUGUUCUAACGAAGAAUAUCCUCACUAAAAUUCAAGCAGAAAAGUUGUGUAAAAUUCUCUGGAAAAAAGAGUAGCAAGAGCAGAAAACAUACAUCAUUAUAAUUGAGAUAAUUGUCUUUUAAGCCCCUUCACCGAUGUAUUACAGUACUCUCAGAUUUCACUCAGCAUUCAGAUUUUGAUGAGAGCAUCAAGAGAAGACCAAAUUCUUCAUUUGAAAAUAAAUAUCUGAACCAUUAUUUGUGUCUGAAGUUUGAAAUUCAAACAGACGAAUUUCUGAAAAUUCUCAAUGGAAUACAUUUAAUACAAGUUUUCUAUUUUUAAUUUCUGGAGAUAGAAAUGUGGACUAGAUUUCAAGAUAAACCUACGCAUAGGAUAUCUAUGCUUACCUAAUCCAAUAACAUUCCCAGCUAUCAUUACAAACCUAUUUUCUCUAAAUCUGUAUCUGUAACAAAGUACUAUUCGGUUUUUUCUUUCAUUUGCCCUGUAUUUGAUCUAAUUAAGUAUGUGCUCAGUGAGCUAAAAUCAUUGAAAAUUAGAAAACAAGUGAUAAAAUGCUCCAACUUCUUAAUACAGCUUGACAUUUACAAGGGCGCUUACACUUCACUUGUUUUUAUUCUCAUCUAGAAAUGUGAGUAUAAUUGUUUUGUAAGUGCAUUGAAUUGAUCAAGAUGUUUUUCUAUCUUGAAUGAUAAGUGUUGGAUUCAUAGUCGUUCUUUAAACCGUUCCUUUGGUUUACAUUGUGGUUAUGGGAAGUUGAAGGAGAUUUUUAACACAGCUUCACAAGGGCAAUUUCAUCAGUCUCUAGUCAAAUUAAAUAGCAUAACUUUGGAAAUUGACCCUUCAUGGAAUUUCAAUGAUUUGCCACCGCAAACAAUUAUGAAAACAUAAGAAAAUUUCUUGCAGGUUUUGAAAAUUUUAAGGUAACUCUACAUGUACUUUAAAGGUUGUCACAAUCACAAAAAAAAAAAAAAAAAAAAAAAAAAAUUGCACGUUUUUAAUUUUUUGUCAUAGCAAGUCAUUGAAAUCCCUUACAUGGGCCUAUCUUGAAGCUUCAUAAUUUAAUUUGAUUGGAGAUCUGUCAAAAUUGUUCUAUUUUAAUGCUUUGUUAAGGAGCUCAUUGAACCUCCUUUAAUCAUAAUGUGAACCAUAUGAGACUCUUUAGGGAAGGAGCUGUUAAAGGAACGGCUACGAAUACAGCCCUCAAAUUUGCAAAAAGUAUCCCCUGUCCUCUCAAAAAAAUUAGAGGAGAGUAUAAAAAAGAGCAUGAACUGAAAAAAAAUUAAUCCAGGAACAAAAUUUCGUGGUGAAGUCUUCCUGUACAAUAAGAUUUUUCAGCUUUUUUGGGGCUUAGAGUUUUGAUCACCCUCCAACUCUUGUUGUCUCAUCAAGCCUCCUCCUGACUCUAUAGGAUUUGAGGUAUUUUCUACCAGUUGACUCUAUUAUUUCUGGUAGAGCAUUAAUUUAUUAAAAGGCUGAGCAUUUUGUUAAUUAGAUUUGUUUUAAUCUGUACCUUGUUUGUAAAUGUGUACUGCAGCAGUUUAUUUGUACAGGUUUUUUUGUUUUUAUUAACAUUGUUGUAUAUCAGAGAUGAGAUUGAAUUGGAGAAGAGUACAUUUUUUAUUGAUAAAUUGAUUAUUUUUCGUAA